UCCAACGAUCCUCACCCAGCUUACAUGGGAGGGAACUGCAACUGACUCGAACCGAACUCCAGAUUGAAGGACUGCAUCUGCGUCACCGUAUCACCGCCGGUGAAGAGCCGGCCCCGUCGUGGCCACCAGCGUAGCCACUGACCAGGGUGCCUUAAUCCUGCUGCUGCGCUGGUGCCUGAAGACGCAGAGCCGGAGUAACGCAUGGAGCUGGCGGCGGCGGCUGGGGAUGAGUUUUACCCGUGCGUUCGGCCAUGCUCUUGAGGAGCUCGUCCACCUUAUAGCCCACGCCGACGAGCUGCUCCAUGGUGAGCCCAACCAGGCCCGGCAGGUUGCCCUGCAUGAUCUUUUGCAGGAGGUACCUGAUCUCGCUGUCGUGGCACUCGCGGCGGGACCUGUCGAUCUGCUCCCGGAGCCUGGCGAUGCGCUGGGUGAGCAAGCCCUCUUGGUCCAUCGUCUUCUUGCAAUGCCCCAGCUCCGGCAUGCCGUUGAAUUCCUUCAGGAUACCCACCGCCUUGGCAGCAGGGGAAGGGAACACCACAGGCGCCGCCUCGUCCUCGCCGUACACCACCACGCAUGUGUCGACGUCGCACAGGGUGGCCAUCUCGUCCGCCUUCUUCAUCAGCCCCUUGAGACGCUUCUUGUACCUAGAGCGCCGGGUCGAGUCGUCGGAGAUGUACCCCAGGGUCGCCUUCUUGGGAGCCCGAGCCAUUGCCGGCCGGCCAAGGGUUAAAAUUAACUAGCCAAGGAAUGGAAUGGUGUUGGUUUAGGGGUUUAGGCAGGGAGGAGGGGUAGUAGAUUUAUAGUGGAAGGAAGGAUCGCCUAGCUAGGGUUUAAUUUCGUACUGUAGUAUAUGGCGACAGAUAGGAACAAUAUUGCAUAAGAUUUGGUGCCUUAAUUGUUUAAUUCUGGCGGCCAUUUAAACCUUCCUUUUACAACUCUGCAAUUUUGGCAUCCAUCUAAACCUUUUAAC